CCAUAAAAAACUGACGUUCUGAUCAAGUCUAAAAAAACAAAACAAUCUUGUUGUCCCAAUCAAUCAAUUGAAACAGAGGAACUUCACAAACUAAAACUUGAACUACUAGUAAAUAGUGCACGGGUCGAUACUGUGACAACCGAUAGAGGCAGGUCAGAUCAAACUACAUACAUGCGCCAUAAGUUCAUUCAGAGAGGAGGUACCCCCACUUUGUUUCUCUUGUUGCUGAGAUGUCUGUACUUUGAGAUAAAUUGUGACAUUCAGAGACCAUUGCUUGCGUAGUGUGAAACAAUAAGGUACAUUUCCUAAUCAUUUGAAAGGCUGACACGCUCAACAUGCAGCCAGACGUCAAUCAAGAAUUGUUUAAUCAGGCCCUCAGAGAUGGCGACACUGACCAGAUUCUGUGGCUGUUCAAAUCGGACGCUGUGGACGUCAACUUCCGGGACUUCACACACGAUUUGGAGACUCCCUUAAUGAAACUUUGUCACGCCGACCUCAGGCCACGUCCCGAUGAGCCCGCUUCUGACACCAGAAGCUCGACUUUGAACAUACUCAGCACUGUGACUGCGAUCUCAUUGAAAGUGGACCAACAGGACGCCCUAGGAAGGACGCUGGCCAUGCACGCCUGCAUCAGCAACAACGACAUCCUGUUGAGGUUCGCCAUUGAGCACGGCUGCGAUCCAGCGGUCACAGACAGAAUGGGUAAGAAUCUAGUCCACUACCUGGCUAUGUCAGGAAGUGACACCUUGGUGGAACUGGUCCUGGAGCAUCUGGACGUCGGUCAAGCUUUAAGAACACUAGAUUUCCAAGGUUACAGCCCAGUCGAUUUGGCGCGACAGAAGAAGCAUUCUGCCCUAGCGAGGAAACUUUCUAACGCUUUAGUCGGCAGCAAGAAAGAGGAUAAGGUGAAGGCACCACAAGGUGGCCAGAGUGAGUCUGAAGAAAAAGUCAUCGCACAAACGUCCCAGCCAGCCAGCACUGUUGUACCCCGGCGCCCUCCGCUCACUCGCAGAGAUGCUAGGAUGCAAGUGAUAUACAACCCACCCCCUGACGAUGUCCAAACCAGUGGUCAAGGUGAGAGUGGGCAGCGGCACAGAAGUGUCACGCCCCCUCCAAUUACAACGACUAACCUUGGAGACAGGGAGCAGCAGGGCAACUUAGUCAGAAGCGUCUCUCUAAGGAGGUCUUACAUUGUGAAGCGAGCCAAGGAAAACUGUGAACACGAUCAUAUGACCUACACCCCACGCCCAUCUCCAACCUCACUUUCUACAGUCGCCUCAUCUUCGAAUCGUGCCUCCCAGAAUUCAAACGACGGGUUUAUCGCGGUUUCUCGAAAUCAGAGGCGUGGUCACGUGAGCUCGAGAGAAGUCUACUCAGAAGAUCAACCUGGUUCGUCACGCCAGCACACUUGUCUAACGCUGCAUGACAAAAACAUGAGACAUUUGUCUGCGCGUCCAGGCUCAGACCUGACAUCCCGAGAUGAGAAAUAUAGAACUGGACUUGACGGUAUGAACAAAUCUGAAAUUGAUCUCAUACCGUCUCAGAGUCCUCGUCAAAGACUUAAGCCAAUUCAUAACUAUAAACAAAUCCACUCAUUGGGAUACGAACCUGGAAUGCCAGUGUUAAAUCCACAGAGGUCGAAUACUGGCGCCAUGUUUGAGCAAACGGUACCAAUACUCCCUCAAACUCAUCUUCUUCACAGCUCAAAGGGCGCCCUGAGCAGCAACGAGGAGCUCUCCCAGCGCCACUCGGGCGGCCACGUCUCGGACAGGAGGACAGAGAGGAGGUCGUCCAUUUCCUUACCUGACCUCAGGGACAUGACUGGAUGUCUAGUGACGUCUCAAGAGACCCAUACACUACAAGAUUUAUUACAAAAUCGGAAAUCGAGGAUAACUCUGGAAGACCUUGACAGAAGAGAUAAUAUCAAGAGUUAUGGAUCUUCCGCCGACUGCUCGGGUGAGCAGUACAAUGAGAAGGCAGACGGUUCGUCUAGUGACGUGUCGAUGGAUUCCAACUUUGAGGAUGAAAAGCCAAUCAAACGACUCUAGAGCCAAUAGUUACUGUAUUUUCUUCUCUACAUCUCUGCAUAUUUUUUUUUCUUUAGAGCUAAAAUAUAGAAAAAUUAAAAUACAUUUUUCUACGAUGUGUCAAAAUCAAUAGACAUUAAAAAUUAAUUUCUUUC